AUGUCUCGGAAUCCCUCUGAUUACCACUGCACUCUCUCCUUCAAAGCCGUCCCCCGGAUCCUCCCCCUCCAAGGCCCUCCGAUCUCCGACCCGACCCACUUCACCGUCCGCCUCAAAAUCACCGGCGUCUGCCGCGGCACAGUCCUCGACCCGCCCAACCCGCCCCGACGCGACUUCAACGACACCAUCCCCUGGCUCCUGCACCACAUCCCGGUCACCGACCUCCUCCGACCAGACCCGGCCCGCCGCGCCAUUCUGGACCUUCUCCAGGCCCGGUGGCCCCACAUCUCGCACUAUGGCCGCCGCACCCUGGCGGAGACGUUCCUCGCGGGGGCCCAAGAAGCCGUCAAGCACGUGAGCCCGGCGAAGGCACGGGCCCACAGCCGGCUCGAGAUGGAAUACCACGUGACGAUGGACUACUAUAGGUAUGCCUCGCACGAUUCUGACGAUGACGAUGAAUAUGAUGAUCUUUAUGAUGAUGUCAUCGACCGGUCGAUGGAGGAGGCCGAGGAGGUUGGUAUGGUCUCGACUGACGAGACGUGUAUAAGAGACGUGAUCGUUGUGGGGAAGAGGGCGUGGCGGGCUCGGGAUGAUGGUUCGACUGGCGGCUCGUGUGUGAUUUGCAUGGACGAGUUCGAGAAGGGUUGUGAUGUGGUUGGAAUGCCUUGCGGGCACGAUUUUCAUGAGGGGUGUGUCGAGAAGUGGCUCCGAACAAGCCAUUAUUGUCCGGUGUGCCGUUUUGAGUUGCCGACGAGCUAG